GUCUUACAAUAUUCCAUCCAUGUUCUUUCUAGAUUCGAUCUUACAAUGGAAUAGUUCGAUGUUAAAAAUUAUGGGACACCAAAUUCUCCAUGUUUUGCACCUUCCAUUCUGAAAAAUUCCACACCACGCACACACUCUCACUAUCCCACGUAUCCCAUCUCACAAUACAAAAGGACAAAACCCACCUCACCGAAUCAAAAAAAAAGAAACACACUGGAAACAGAAGACAGAACACCCAAAACUGCCAUUGAUGAAGCUCAAAUGAGAUACACAGAUCAGCCUUUACAAAACUAAGCAAAACCCAACAAUGUCAUCAUCUAAGAAACACGCCCUUUUCAUAGCUAGUCUUGUAAUCCUCUGGUACUCAUCAAACAUUGGUGUUUUGCUUCUAAACAAGCUCUUGUUAUCAAACUAUGGCUUUAGAUUUCCAAUCUUUCUCACAAUGUGCCACAUGUCAGCCUGCGCUAUACUUAGUUACUUAUCUAUUGUUUUCUUCAAGAUUGUGCCUUUGCAAGUUGUUAAAUCUAAACCUCAGUUUUUAAAGAUUGCAACUUUGAGUGUUGUGUUUUGUGGGUCUGUUGUUGGUGGCAAUAUUUCUUUGAGGUACUUGCCUGUGUCGUUUAACCAGGCUGUUGGGGCCACUACACCUUUUUUUACAGCUGUUUUUGCUUACUUGAUGACUUUCAAGAGGGAAGCUUGGGUUACUUAUGGCGCUCUUGUGCCUGUUGUUGUUGGUGUGAUUAUUGCCAGUGGAGGUGAGCCAGGCUUUCACUUGUUUGGCUUCAUUAUGUGCAUAAGUGCGACUGCUGCAAGGGCAUUCAAGUCUGUUCUUCAGGGCAUCCUGCUUUCUUCUGAAGGAGAAAAGUUGAACUCAAUGAAUUUGCUUUUGUACAUGUCCCCAAUUGCUGUUUUGGUAUUAUUACCUGCAGCACUUGUAAUGGAGCCGAAUGUAUUGGAUGUCACUUUAGAACUUGGAAGGAAACACAAGUAUAUGUGGCUGCUACUUCUCCUUAAUUCAACAAUGGCCUACUCAGCUAACUUGACAAACUUCUUGGUUACCAAACAUACAAGUCCGCUGACACUCCAGGUGUUAGGCAAUGCGAAGGGUGCUGUGGCUGUUGUUAUCUCAAUUUUUAUCUUCAGGAAUCCUGUAACAUUUGUGGGCAUCGCCGGAUAUUCGAUGACUGUUCUCGGGGUGGUUGCUUAUGGAGAAGCAAAGAGAAGAUUUAGAUGAACUAUGCACCACGGUUUCGGAGUAUUAUUCUGUCUUAACGUAGAGAUUAGUGAAGCUGUAAGGGCUACUAAAAUUAUUUUAUUCAUAGAGAGAGAUGCAUUAUUGUGUGUAUUUAUGAUGCUUACAAAGCAUUAACACCAUUAUAUUCGAUUGUGCCCUCAUUUGUUUGGUAAGAAAA